AUGGGGUGGUCGGUUGCUGUUUGCGUUGUAGCUUUCGCAGUUAUAUGCAUAGUUCAUUGGGUAUACAGAUGGAGGAAUCCCAGAUGCAAUGGAGAACUCCCCCCAGGUUCAAUGGGCUUGCCACUUGUAGGAGAGACUCUUCAGUUUUUUGCACCCAACACCUCAAAUGACAUUCCUCCCUUCAUUAAGACACGGAUGAAAAGGUACGGCCCAAUAUUUCGAACUAGUUUGGUAGGAAGGCCAGUGAUUGUAUCAACAGACCCGGAUUUUAGUUAUUUUGUUUUCCAGCAAGAGGGGAGAUUGUUCCAAAGCUGGUAUCCAGAGAGCUUCACAGAGAUCUUUGGAAGACAGAAUGUGGGUUCAUUGCAUGGGUUAAUGUAUAAGUACCUCAAGAACAUGGUGCUCAACUUGUUUGGUCCGGAGCACCUGAAAAAGAUGCUCCCUGAAGUCGAACAGGCGGCCAGCAGAAACUUGAGAAGAUGGUCAAGCCAGGAGUAUGUUGAACUUAAGGAGGCCACUGCAAUUUUGAUAUUCAACCUGACUGCAAAGAAACUCAUCAGCUAUGAUUCACAGAAGUCAUCCGAGAAUCUGAGGCAGAAUUUUGUUGCUUUCGUUCAAGGACUAAUUUCCUUCCCACUGGAUAUCCCUGGGACAUCAUACCACAAAUGUUUGCAGGGAAGGAAAAAGGCAAUGAGGAUGCUGAAAAGCAUGCUACAGGAGAGAAGGGCAAAGCCCAGGAAGCAGCAAGGUGAUUUCUUCGAUUACGUCCUUGAAGAGCUUACCAAGGAAGAUACAAUCCUCACAGAAGCAAUUGCUCUGGAUUUAAUGUUUGUGCUAUUGUUUGCCACCUUUGAGACAACUUCCCUAGCUCUAACUAUGGCUGCUAAAUUUCUUUUGGACCAUCCUUUGGUGCUGAAGGAACUAACGGAGGAGCAUGAGGCAAUUCUAAGAAGAAGGGAAGAUCCAAAUUCUGGACUUACAUGGAAAGAAUAUAAAUCAAUGAUAUUUACAUCCUGGUUUAUCAAUGAAACAGUCAGGCUGACAAAUAUAGUUCCAGCAAUUUUCAGAAAAGCACUAAAAGAAAUCAACUUCAAAGGCUACACCAUUCCAGCUGGUUGGGCUGUUAUGAUCUCUCCUCCAUCUGUACACUUGAAUCCUGCCAUAUAUGAAAAUCCUCUCGACUUCAAUCCAUGGAGAUGGGAUGGAAUGGAACUGAAUGGCGCCUCCAAACAUUUCAUGGCCUUUGGUGGUGGGAUGAGAUUUUGUGUGGGAACAGAUUUUGCCAAACUCCAAAUGGUUGUUUUUCUCCACUGUCUAGUUACAAAGUACAGGUGGCGAGCAAUCAAAGGAGGAGACAUUGUCCGCACUCCUGGUCUGCAAUUUCCAAAUGGUUUUCACAUUCAGAUCUAUGAGAAGAAUGUACCAAAGCAUAGAGUCCAGAAACAACUAUAUUUAGACAAACCGGCUGGUGCAUGGUGAAG